AUGGCGGCGGCGGCGGCGGGGCCCGCAGAUCCCCAGUCCGGGCCCGCAGCGGGCGCCCGCUUCUUCUGCACCGCGGGCCGCGGCUUGGAGCCCUUUCUGAUGCGGGAGGUGCGGGUGCGGCUGCAGGCCACGCAGGUUGAAUAUGUUUCAGGAAAAGUUUUUUUCACCACCUGUUCUGACUUGAAUAUGCUGAAAACAUUAAAAUCUGCAGAAAGAUUAUUUUUGCUGAUUAAAAAGCAGUUUCCAUUUAAUGUUUCUUCUGUAAGUAAAGGAAAAAUAUUUUAUGAAAUGCAAAGAUUUAUAAGUGAUGAUCCUGAAAGUUGGUUGAAUGCCAUUUCGAUUUGGAAAAAUCUUCUUGAACUUGAUGCAAAAAAGAAAAAACUGUCUCAAGGAGUUGCUAACCCACUAAAAAGAAAAAUGGGAGAAAAUGACAGCAUUAUUGCUAAGAAAGUAAAAGCAGAACAAAUGCAAGAAACACAAAAGAAUAGGGAAUGCCAGCUGGAAAAGCAAAUAGAAGAGGAAACACUGGAGCGAGGAGAUUUUCUCACUGAAAGAGAGAAAUGCCAAGAAGAACUUCAGAAUGAUGUAGCAAAAGCAGGAGAUACUCAUGACCAGAAUGACUUGACCUUCAGAGUUUCUUGUCGCUGCGGUGGAGCCAUUGCAAAGACCCUUUCUGCACAGGAAGUAGGAAGAAUAAUUGGAAUUGCUCUUAUGAAACAGUUUGGAUGGAAAGCAGAUUUGAGAAAUCCAAACUUAGAGAUAUUUAUACAUCUAAAUGACAUUUACUCUGUUAUGGGAAUUCCUGUGUUCAGGGUUCCUUUAGCCAGCAGAGCUUACAUCAGGACAGCAGGACUGAGGUCUACCAUAGCGUGGGCAAUGGCCUCUGUCGCUGAAAUUAAGGCUGGUGCAUUUGUUUUAGAUCCAAUGUGUGGACUCGGAACAAUACUUUUGGAAGCAGCUAAAGAGUGGCCGGAUGUGUACUAUGUGGGUGCUGAUGUCAGCGACUCACAGUUACUAGGUGCGUGUGACAACCUGAAAGCAGCAGGCCUCACGGGUAAAAUUGAGUUUCUUAAAGUCUCUGUUAUAGAAUUGCCAUUGCCUUCAGAAAGUGUCGAUAUUAUUAUUUCUGACAUUCCAUUUGGGAAAAAGUUUAAGUUAGGGAAAGACAUCAAAAGCAUUCUACAAGAAAUGGAAAGAGUGCUUCAUGUUGGCGGGACCAUGGUAUUGUUGCUUAGUGAAGAUCACCGUAGGCGCCUCAAAGACUGUGAAGGGAGCAGCUUCCCUUUGAAUUCCAAAGGCAGCCACUCCGAUGAACCUGGAGCGGAAAAGUGCUUGAUUCUCGAAGGAAAAACUGGCAUAUCAGAGACCGUGUCAUCGUCAUUUGAAGCCAAUCACCAGGAAUGCUUACAUAAGAUGCCACCAUUUGGCUCCUUGGUGCCAGUGGAAUGCUACAAAGUUAGCCUUGGGAAAACAGAUGCAUUUAUACACAAAUAUAAGAAGUCAUCUUCUUCUGGACUGUAGCAGGCUAGAUCCUGUGAACCAAUUUCAAGGCCUUACAUGUCAGCCCUACAAAGAGGGGUUGCCUCUAGGGUCUGAUAGUGCCACAGAGUAACAAGUAGACAGGUCCAGGGGGCAUGGCUGCGGGACACAGGAUUUUAAUAAGAGUUUCUGCUUUAGGCUCUAAAGGGCUUAAUGUUUCUGACAAAGAACAGUGAAUACAUAAUUAAACUAAAAUACUCUUAAACUUUGUAUUUGAGAGAAUAGGGGAAGGUCUGCUCUGCCUGCAGUGUUUGAGCUGAAGCUGCAACAUCACAACUUUUCAGAGGUUCACAGAGCAUAUCAAAAUCAUCACAAGGUUGAUAAUAUUUUAACUAUCAGAUUGUUUUGAAUUUAGAAACUUUUAUUUCUUUUGAUAUCAAACUUGAUUUUUGAACCUAUAAUUUUUUUUCUCCACUGGAAUGAAAAAUGUUAUGUGCAAUACAUUUUGUAUGUUAUAUGUCUCAUAUUAUGUGAAACAUCAAUGGGAAUAAUAACAAUCUGAAUUAAGCCAAUAUCCUCCAACAUGGUAGAAAAUUGAGUUUGCUUUUUUUUUUCUUAACUAAUGAAUAAACUGUUACCUCACUCUUCUUUAAAUUAAA